AGUAAAACUUAAGUUACAACAUCAAAAUUUGAAGAUAUGCUGUAACAUUCUAAGUACCUAAUAUACCUCUAUGACACAAAAUCAUGGGGGCCUUUCUCCCGCCUCCGUCGAGACCAUCGCCGGCCUUUCCGCGGGCUCCAUAGCGACACUGAUUGUCCACCCACUGGAUAUAGUCAAGACCCGGAUGCAAAUCCACCAGCGCGCCGCCUCGAACCCCCUAACCACACUCACCCUAAUCCGGACGCUAACCCAAACCCCGCACCCCCUGGCCUCCCUCUACCGAGGCCUAGCGCCGAAUCUCCUCGGGAACGCCUCAAGCUGGGCGUCCUUCUUCUUCUUCAAAGCGUGGACCGAGCGCCUUCUCCUCGCCCUAAAACCAGACAAUUCCCGCGCUCUCUCAGCACACGACUACUUCCUCGCAUCCGGCAGCGCAGGGAUAAUAACACAAAUCCUAACCAACCCCCUCUGGGUUCUCAAAACACGCAUGCUCUCCUCGGACCGGAGCGCCGCAGGCGCAUACCCGGACCUGCGAACGGGUGCCCGGCGACUGUUGCGCGACGAGGGGUGGCGCGGGUUCUACCGGGGGCUAGGGAUAAGCCUGUUCGGCGUCGCGCACGGGGCCGUGCAGUUCGCCGUGUACGACCCGCUGAAGCGGGUAUAUUUCUCUCGACGAGCCACUACAUCCCCUUCCUCUUCUAACUCCCCAGAGCGGAUAAGCAACGAGGCGACCCUCGUACUCUCCAGCGUUGCGAAGCUGGUUGCAGGCGCCGUCACGUACCCGUAUCAGGUGAUCCGGAGCCGGCUGCAGAACUACGACGCGGACGCGCGUUUUGGACGGGGCAUCCGGGGGGUUGUUGGAAGGACGUGGAAGGAGGAAGGGUGGCGGGGGUUUUACCGUGGUAUCAUGCCUGGCGUUGUGAGGGUCUUGCCCGCGACCUGGGUCACGUUCUUAGUGUACGAGAAUAUGAAGUUUUACCUACCGCGGUGGACGAGCUAGUAGUAUUUGGAGUUGUGCUGUAUCGCUAGUUUCGUCCCCUUCCUGUAUAUAAGUAGGGAUUACAACUAGGUGCUCUGAGAUACCCAUCCCGACUUUUUACAUUGCAUAGGUAUAUAUCACGAAAUAACUCUACUUAGAAAC